UUAUAAUUCUGGUUUGUUAAAAUCGAUUUGAUUUUUCGCGCAUAAAUUUAAUGAUAAUUUACGCGUGCGUCAAAUAAUAUAAAUAUAUAAAAGCAGCGUUUACAUGAUAUCGACACACAAGCAACCGAAGCAAGUUUGACAAGGUUUUGUUACUGUAUAGCCUAAAAUGGAGCAGAAAAAUCUAAGGAAGAAAAUUGUGUCAGAGGCGCGUUUCAAGUUUGCGUUGACAAGUCUGCAUAAAUAUGCGACGAUCAAGCCGAAGAAAUAUAUUGUUUUUAGUCCAUAUAACAUAUAUCACGGACUUUACUCUGCUUACCUGAUUUCCAGUGGUGAAAUGGAACAGCGUUUAAAAGAAAUUCUUUAUUUACCGGCGGAUGUCUCGAAAAAUGAGUUAAUGAAUAUCAUUAAUUUUAAUAACCCGGCGAAACGGCCUGAAAACUAUAUGGAUUCUACCUUUUAUAUGCCUUAUCAUUACGUAAUUAAAAAUCAAUGUAUAUUUUUAAACAAAAAACUUCCUGGAGACAUCAAAACGAAAGAAAAACUGUACAAUAUUGAAAUAAAAUCUAUAAUCAGCAAUAAUAUCCACGAUACAAAUAGAGAGCUCAAUGAAAUUUUGCAAUCUUUGAUAAAAGAUCACUUUCGCAAACCGGUGAACUUGAAAGUACAAACAGAAGAUAUGGAUAUUUUUUUGGCAAGCAUACAUAAUUUUAAAGGUCGAAAUCAAAUCGUUUCUCAAUCAACAAGUGGAUCGACUGAUGCACCAAGUCUAUCGACUCCUUCUUAUCUGAAGAUUAAAACAUUUUCCAGUGAUGAAUUGCAGGUGGACGUAAAGGAAUUAAUCAUCAAAGAACAUUUCACGUCGCUGUACAUGUUGAUACCCUUUUCAUCAAGCACAAACAAGAAAGUUAAAACUAAUACGAGCAGCACUAACCUUUCUAGCUUGAUUAAAAAAUUGUCAACUAGCGAGGGAAUGGAUAUACUACGGGAAUUAUUGUCUCGUGUAAGAACACUUGAACCACUGUCUUUCGCUACUCGAUCAACCUUCGAAAUCGAAAAUAAUUUGAAUAUGCGCCCUCUGUUGCGAAAAUUAGGCGUCGAACGAUUAUUGACGCCCGAGGCGAUUCCUUUGGACAACACCUUCGUGAAAAUCGAUCAAAGCGCGCACUUCGGCAAUGCCGUGCAUCGUGCUCGUGUCAAGGUCACGCAGAAGGACGUCAAGGCAGCUGCAGUAACCGUGAUUAGCGGACAGAAACUUUGUUCGAACGAUAUUAUAACCGACAUGGAUUUCAAGAAUCCAUUUCUUUGGUUUAUUUACGACAAAAUGAACGCAGAUAUUCUUUAUAUCGGCGUUUUUAAUGAAGUCCACAUGUCCGUAUCUGAAAGACAAUUGACAGGUACAAAUCAGACUCAUCAAACGAGUUGCUCGUUUUAA